AUGCAGGAAGAAACAUCAGACAUCAGCUUGGAUUCGGUGGCCAGCACUACAGCCAGUGAUGUGUUGAUUCGUUCUACCAGUGUCCACAGGUCUGGCUCACUGAAGAAGGAAACAGCUGGGAUAAGUAGAAGGUUUGAUGCAGCAGAUACCAGCCAAGGGCUGAUGGAUCUUCUGGAUUUUGGGAUGGUGGCUGCAAGAGGUCAAGACAGUUCUGCUCUGUCUGGGCUCUACAGUGGGAGAAGAGAGCACAGACACAGGGAUACCUCUGCAGCAUCCAUGAGAAAGGAAGUAACCGAUAGAGGGAUGGAGAUGAGCGCAAGCCAGGAGUCUUCCCAAUAUUCAGAACUCAAGCACAAACAUCCUGAUCUCUCGCAUGGCUCCAAAAGGAAGAAUGGCCAGGUGAUGAUGGAUGUUCCUGAUGGAGAAGGUCAGGAAGCCCUCCAUGUGUCUGAAGUCCCAAGUCAAAGGGGUGUCCUCCAUGGAUCACUGAGAAAGGGCAGCCAUGGAGAGACAGUAUGUUCCCAGGACAAUGACAGGAGCACAGUCCACAUCUCGGUGAAGAGGCUGCGGGAGAUUCCUGCUCCAUUACCAGAUUUUACCAUGAAGAAGAGAGAUCCGACAUCUGUCCCUCCAGCACUUCCUGCUAACAAGUAUCCCGCUGUCAGAUUUACCUUCAUGGAGGGGACAUCAGAUGCUGUUAUUGGUUCAACAGUACAGAAAAAUGUAAUAUCCAAGAACUCCAAAUCCCCAAAGUCUCUGGUGACAAAACAUUUUCAAGAUGGUACAGAUGAAGUUGUGACCAAGAGGAAAACACUGGAGGAAAUCGGGCAAAAAAACAAAGAAGUCCAAAUUUCACAGUUUACCACUGGUCAAAAAGAAUCUGUGUUGGCAGCUUUAAAUAAAAGAGUACAGAGCGGCACAGGGACUAAAGAAGUUCGUGUUCAGUUGCUUCAGGAUGUUGCCACCAGCAGUAGGAAGUCUACAGGCUCAGCAGAUGAGAAGGCAGGCCACAAUGACGUGCAGUCAGCCACUAUUGCUGCUGUCACUGCUGCUGCUAUCGCUGCCACUGCCCCAGUCAUGAAGGCUCAGAGUGAUCUGGAAGUCCAGGUGAACUCUGUUUCACAACUGCUCAACAAACUCCAAGAGGCAGACAGGCAGCUGCAAAAGCUUACAGAGCAGCAGAUCAAGAUCCAAAGUCAACCACCAGAAAGAUUGUAUCAUCAGGAAAGAGUGAGCGAGCUGGAGAGGCAGCUGGCCCAACUGACAGAGCAGCGCCUUCAGCAUCUGGAGAAACUCCAACAGCAGCAGCUGGAGAUGCAGUCCCAUUUUAUUAGGUCUGCAGUCAAGGCCAAUGUAAACCGUCCUGAACCUGCUUCUGGAUGGACUCAUGUUCCCAGUGCAGUCCUUAAACCGCAAUCCCUCCACCAGCCAUUGAACACAGCACCUCCCAGGAACAGCGACAGAGAGACCAGUGAUUCGCGGAAGUCCCCCCUAGAGACUCCAGCUCCCCGCAGGUUUGCUCCACAGCCAAUAUCUAUGGAUGUGCAGCCUCCAUCAAAAGCAGUACUGGGGAAGGAAAAUGUGGAGGACUCCAAAAAUCCCACAAGUGCAGGCAAAGUUCACUUCCUGCAGCAGAUUCUUGGACAUGAUGGCACACCCAUGUCUAAAUUGUCAUACAGAGCACACAAUCCCUUAAACCUGUCAAAGGUUGAUGGACAGUCAUUUAGUGACAGCUUUCUCCAGAGUGAUGGAUUCCGCAAGACAACCAAUGUUGCCUCUAGAGUUGCAGUGCAGAAAGCUGAUGAUGUAUUGCAGGAUCUGAAUACACUGAAGCAGGAGAUGCAGAACUUGGUAAAGGAUGCAAAGCAAUGGAAGUCACAAGCUGAAGAUUUCCAGCCAAGAGUAUCAUCCAUCAGGACCUCUGCACCUGUAAUUGCACCCCUUUCCUAUCAGCGAUCAGCAGUGAAUCCACCAGAGUCAAUGUUUAAGGAUGCAAAGCGCAUCUUGAGCGAAGUGCAGAAUAGGAGGAAAGUCUUUGAUGACAACUUGGAAGCCAUUAUCCGGGCCAAGGAUAGCGCUGCCUGUUACUCCACCAUCAGUGCUUUGACCACAGACAGUAACGGUGCCGAGAGAAUUCGAAUUCAGAGAUCUGUGGAUUCUUUGAUUGCUACAAUUACCUCUGAAAUUCAGGAUGAACUGGCAAGAGAGGAUAUUAAGAAAAAGAAACCCGAAGACAGAGUUCAGGAGCCUUCACUUAGACAGAAGACAGGAAGCGCCAAAGACAUAAAGAAUAAUAAAGAUCGGGAGAUCAAAGCCCCAGCAAGGGGUGCACUGAGGAGUACAAAGCCUUCAAGUGGGGUCUCAGCCAAGGUUCAGCCCAAGCUCGGUGCUGAGAAGCUCACAGGACAGCAGAGCAGAACUUCCCUGAACAAAGGUGGAAAGUCCAAGGUGCCUCAGAAGGUUGAAGAGUCCUCCUUGAUUGAUGAAGAAACCAUAAACAGGGUUUAUGGGACUCCAGUGUAUCGAGGACACCGUAGCACCCUCAAGAAAGGACCGUACCUUAGAUUUAACUCUCCCUCUCCCAAAUCCAAACCAAGGAGGCCUAAGGUUUUGGAGACUGUAAGAGGUGUGAAGGUAAAGUCAGCCAAGAUGCAGACAGAUUUUCCUGAGACUAAGAAACCGGUUAUCGAAGCGAAAGCACCAGAAUUUUCUGUGGCGAAGGAUUAUAGGCCUCAGUAUGUGUUCAUUCCCUCUGCUGAACCCAGUACAUCAUCUGUUCCUAUGGAGGGACACCUUAUCCCAAUUGCCAUUCCUCUAGGAAGACCACAGAUGUCUAGUGCAGGUCCUUUGCCUUCAGCUGUAAUUCGCACUAGACCUCAACCAGUUGUUGUCAAUGUGUCUGUCCCACCACAGUCCCCUAAGGCACAGCCCAAAGUGGUGAAGCCCAACAUAGCUGUGGUGGAGGUGAAGUCUGAGAAGAAGGAACCGCCACAACUCAGUGUCCAGGUUUUACCGUGUGUUGAUAUUGAUAGUAUAGCCAGUGACAGCCCAAGCACAAGCCAAAGAACAUCAAGUGCAGAAUUGGUGACUCCUACCCCCAGCCCUGUCCAGCCCAACAUACAGCUGCCUUUAAAUGUGGAAACUGAAGAAGAAAUCCUGGCUAUGCCUGGCACUUCUUACCAAGGAACAGAUUUCCCAGAGGAUGAUCAAGAAGACGAUGCACCUGAACCAUUGUUGGAAUUAAGUGGUAGAGGAGAGACAAUUGCACCCCAACAUGGUGGAAUUUCAUUCCCUCCGCCUGUACCCCCUCUACAAACCGGCGCUGACAUUCUAGAAGGGAUCAUUAGUAGGAAGGAGACCCUGGAAAACAAGGUCAUCAGCUGGGUGGAACAAGAAAUAAUGGCUCGUGUUAUAAGUGAGAUGCAUCCAGUGAGACGAGACGUAGUCCCUGAUGUCACCAUUUCCAGUGCGGACCAGUCUGACGCAGCCUCAGAUACUGUUGAAUCUCCUGUGGAUUCCAAUUUGAUUCGCAAGUACAUUGAGGACACUCUGGCAGACAUUGUAGCCACCAUGCUGAGAGAGAGAGAGACUCGAGCUGUGCCAACUCCCCCUCUGGAGCAGCCUGAUGUUCAGGUAACUGAUGAGAUUUCUCCAGUUCCCACUCCUCAGAGCACACCUUCUGCCUCUCCCCUGCCUUCUGCAAGAGAGUCAUCCAUUGUGAAAACUCCUGAACUGUCCGUGCAGACGUCAGUGGAAGAGCCAGACGUUCAGCAGGAAGAGCUUGAUGAGCCCGAGAGGAGCCUACCGGUCCAUGUUGACACACCCCCAAAAACUCCAGUGCCUUCACCCCCCCGAGUUGCCUCACCUGUCCCAUCAGAAGAGAAUGAAGAGCCAUCUGUCAUUCAGGCUCCUCCUCCUAAUCCUUGGGGCGAAACAGAACUCCCAUUAGAGGAGGAAAACCCACACUCUGUCAUGGAAGACGUUGAGUAUAAUGAUGCAGCUGUAAUGACUGUGGCUGUAGAAGAAGAACCAAGAAGCUUAAUCUCUGCUGCCUCAUCAGAGAAAUCUCUCCCAGCAUCACCGAAACAGAGGACCCCAUCACCUGUACCUUCUCCAUCCGUGUCUGCACCCUCAACCGAUGAAAGCAGCCUGACCGUCACUGCCACUGACUCGGAUACCACAGACAAACCCAUCUCAGAAGGGGAGAUUGUAUAUAGCUAUGGACAGAUGGCUGCUGCUCGAGCCUUAGCAGAAGGUGGUCUUGUUUAUCCGAACCUGACUGAGAGCUUGUCCAGCACGCUACGGGAUGCCAAUGAUAUGGAAUUUGACCCCCCAAGUGAAGGACAGGUAAUACGGGGACCUCACAGAGGAGCACAUCGUGACCCCGUCCUCUCGCUUUUAGCCAAAUUUAAUCAGGAUCUUGUUGCACCACAUGAGGCUUUCUACCAUCUUGAGAGCUCAGGAGAGGACAGCAGCUCGGGGCAGAUUAGUGAAGGUCAGAGGCCAGGACUGACCACGGCUGCGGAGCAAGUCCUGGUGGGACACUCUGUGUUUAUGGGAAGACCUAAUGCUGGUCAGAUUGCGGGACAUCCUCAAAACCGUCCAUCAUCCCCGGGACAAUACACCAAUGUGCCAGGAGUGAUGCCUGAUGAUGGAGAUAACAUUAGCUCUGGUCCAAUGAGCAUCAGGGAUCUGGACGCACAGCUCUUGUCUGUUCAUUAUCCACAUGCUGACAAUGCAUACCAAAUACCAUCUGUGCCCAGGCACACCUCGCAGGGUCCCGGACAGCCUCAAAAGAAACAUCAACCAGUGCCUACCCGCUUUAUACAAGUCGGCGUUAAGUCAGCUGAGGAUCUUCCUCAAGUCACACACAGCGCGGCUUGUAUGUGCAGGUCACAGAGCUACAAUGCGGCUUCCUCAAUGAAUUCUUCAUCCGCUGAUUCUGACAAGUAG